GUACACUAUCGUCAUUGUCAUAAAGAGAGGGAAAUCAGCCACAGUGCAAUCAGCCCCAUCACCAUGAUGCAAAGACGCUCAGCAACGGGCAUUUGCCUCACUCUCAACCAGCUUGUUUACCUUCACUGGGUGUUCAUUUUUUUCAUUCUUGGGCCGUUGCUUGAGCACGCCUUUGUUCAUGCUCAAGCGGACCUGCGUGGAAGGUAUUCAAACCCGUCAGUGCGCUGCAGAUCUCCCUCUCUCGGAACAGUCUAUGUUGAUAGCCGCUCCAAAGGUUCGAAGUGCUGUGGGGAGAGCAGCCACCCCUGCGGCACUCUCAGGCUCGCAAUUUCCAGGGCUGGUGCUGGGGCAAGGAUCCUGCUACGGCCUGGCCGACAUGUUGUCAACGAAGUACGUAGGAAUGCGGGGAACACGACACGCCCAGCACCAUUGGAUCUUGGAUCUUCUAUCUCCUCAAUACAAGCGGAAGACAUGUCGGCGGAGACGGUAGUAGACUGCCAAGGGGGGCCUUGCCUCCGCGUUAAAUGCGCACCGCCGUCCAACUGCGUAGAUGCGAAUGUCACACUGCAGGGUUUCAGCAUCCAAAAUGGUGAGUCGCCAAACGGAGGCGGCUGUCUGUACGUGGAAGGGGCCGCAUUGCACAUAAGGAACAUGGCGAUGUCGAACUGCAGUACCGUCUCCUCUGGGGGCGCAAUCACCGUCAGCAAUUCCUCGUACGUGUCCGUUGAUGGGCUUCAGAUCUCGAGAUGUUCUGCAGGUGUGAAGGGCGGUGGUAUUAACCUCGAGGCUGUGGACAGGAUCAAUCUCCAUGCAGUCGUCGUGGACAGGUGCUUUUGCUGGUCACCUGCCAGUCCAGAUGGUGUGACGAUGGGCGGGUCAUCGAUCGUCUCCGUCAGUCUGACAGCUAUGACAGCUGUAGCAGCAGCCUCAGCAGAAGAUGGGGCGAAUGCACAGCAGAGCAUUGGAGGCGGUGGGAUUGCGAUCGUAAAGUCUUGGUCUACAGACUUGUCGGAUGUCGAGGUAUCCCGAUCCUCAGCUGUCAGAUUCGGCGGAGGUCUGUACUUGUCCCAACUGGCGCAGGGCUCUAUGUCUGGCGUAACCUUGAACGAGGUUGCAGCAUCUGAGGCAGGAGGGGGCCUAUACUUAACCGAUUCCAACGUCACCAUCCAACGGUUAUCGGCGACGAAUGGGAGAGCGUGGAAAAAGCAGGGAGGUGGUAUUGCAGGCGUGCGGUCGAGAGUCGAAGGAGACCAGGUGCAGAUACACAAUUGCUCGUCGAGUGGGAUGGGCGGAGCAGUGGCAUUUUCUGACAGCAACGUAACAAUGCAAGAGAUGGCGGUAACCCAGAGUUCGUCGGAGACUUCUCUUGGCGGAGGUGUUGCAGUAGAGAAGGGGAGGUUUGAAAUUUUAGGCCCGAGUUCGAUAUUCAACUCCCAAGCAGUUUUCGGGGGUGGAAUAGCUGUCGUACAAGGACUCCUCCGCUUUCAGAACUUGACCCUUUCAAAUUGCAAGGCCUUUCAGGGUGGUGGUGGACUAUUUGCAGAGCAAGCAACUGUAGCGAUUAAAGACUCGGUUUUGAGCGGGAACGAUGGCAGUGAGCGCGGGGGUUGCGUCAGCUUGGAAAGCACGACUUUCAACGCGUCCAACACACAGUUUGUGGCUUGUCAUGCGUUGUCCGGUGGCGCUCUCCACACGGAUGACCCUCGUCGCUCGGGCUCGAUCACACGUGUCGACAGAUGCUUGUUCCGGAGAAAUAGGGCACUCGAUGGAGGGGGCGGGUACUUUGCAGGAGGCCCAGUUUUUAUGGAGGCCAGUGACAUGCUAAGCAACACAGCGAAUGCAAAUGGAGGUGGGGUGAGCGUUGGGAUCACAGGGAUGCUGUCACUUUCUGACACAUCCUGGGUCAGUAAUGAGGCAGUGCUGUCGGGGGGUGCAAUUUUCGUCCGUCAUGCUGCAGUCGGUCAGGAUCCCGGUGGACUCGACAUCCUUAGGGCAAUUAUUCGACGUAACCGGGCAUGGCAGGGCAGCGGCGGCGGGAUUGCGAUCAGCGAGAACGCUUCCGUAUGGGUUAAUGUGAGUGACUCGUUGAUCGACAGCAACUUUGCAGAAGCUUCUCGGGGGGGAGGGAUCUGGUCAGCAAGCGCCCCGGUCACGAUACUCCGCUCGAACUUCACCUCCAACUCUGCAUCUCUAGGGGGAGGUUUGAGCUUGAUGGCAGAAGAAGCGCCAUUAGACGCCGGGCCAAUCCACGGUCAGGAGCCCCAGCAAGAUUACAUAGUGAGGACCUUGGAUUUCAUUCUGGAUUAUCCCCGCAUGAGCCGCAUAAUUAGUUCUAUGUUUACAAAGAAUCGUGCUCAGUUUGGGGGAGGGGUGGUGGUAGGUGAGAAGUCUGCUGCUAGCUUUAAGUGGUGUGUGUUUGGAGGGAACAGUGCAGAAGUUAGUGGGGGAGGGCUUUGCUUCCAAACCAUGGGAGUGGGUCUGUUGGAGGAGAGCCAGUUUAAGAACAACACGGCGAGGGAGAGUGGGGGUGCGAUUGCUGUGAUGGGAGGUGUUAUGUUAGCGUCUGCAACGGAGUGCGACUUCAGCGGCAACCUGGCGGCAAGUGGUGCGUGCAUGUCGAUCACAGAGGGCGCCCAUGUGAACAUGAGCAGCUGCAAUUUCACUGAAAGCGGCGCCACGGCCAUCAUCGUGUCCGGGCAGGGAUACGCAAACUUCGUGGAGUGCUCCUUCCGCCUCAACAGCGACGUCAGGGGUCCAGGAGCCGUCCACGUGUUGGAGAACGGGAACGUCACGGCUUGGGGAAGCGUAUUUGCAGAGAACAAGGGAGGAAUUGGGGGUGCGGUGACAGUGGAAGACGCGGGCAAUUUACUACUUCACAACUGCACAUUCGAGAAAAACAGUGCGUGGAGAAAUGGGGGUGCAUGUAGCUUCACGUCCACGGCGACCAUCUUCGUCAAUAGCUCGCUGUUUACAUGGAACGAAUGCGCAGGCAUGGGUGGGGCCAUCUCUGUGAUGCUCAACGUCUCCGGCGCAGUUCAGUACUCCAGGUUUUCAAACAACCGUGCUCAGAAGCGGGGUGGGGCCUUGUACAUAGGGGGUAGAAAUGUCUGGGAUAAGGGGGGGGGUAAAGACCUAGUUCUUCACAAUCUGGAGUUUGUAAAUAACUCCGUACAGGCAGGCGGGGGUGGCGCCAUAUACGGCGGAUUACCGCGGUCCUUGGGCCUAGGCGCAGCACAUGACAUCUGCACAAACUGCACUGCUGUAAACAACACAGCCAAAUAUGGCUCUGACUUUGCAUCACAACCGUCCAAUUUCCAAGCCACCUGGGGUGGGAUGAGGUCCCUCCAACUACCGUCAGCCCCACAAGGCAUACCUGUCGACGGUGUUGAUCCUAAUGAUGCCUCACUGUCUGCGCCACCCUCCAUCGGCGUACCCUUGAACGAGUCAGAUCCUGCAAGUUUCAGGGUCCUCUUUGUCUAUGGGAAACCGAUCUCCGGCCUCUCGGUUGUCCUGCUGGACGACUUUGGCAACAAAGCGCAUGGCAAUGACGAAGCUGUGGCGGCCAUUACGUCCAACGUCACUUUGCUUUCCGGCAAUCUACGAGCUAUCGCACAAGACGGGGUCAUAAACUUUGGCGAUAUCCUUGUUGCUAGGGAUCCAUUUCUGCCAGUGACGAAUAAUAUCUCCUCCGGCUGGAGGCCUCACAUCACGAUCACCGUCUUCAGUCUACUGGACGAGUACCCAUCGAUGUCCGGGAAUGUACCGCUCGGGCUCUGCGACAGCGGCUUCUCUCUGGACCCCCUGACUUCACGGUGCGUAGUCUGUCCACCUGGACACUACUGCGAGCAGGGACAGCCAGACCAGCCCUGCCCGGACGCCAAGUCGUCGUUCACAGGUGGCGCUCGUUCGAUCAACGACUGCAAGAGCUGUAGUGUUGGGUACGGGGCUCACGGACUCGAAUGCCGUGCCGCAAGAAUCACCGUCAAGCCCGGUUAUUGGUUGGAUACCAAUAGCAUCAGCAAUGUGCCACAUGUCUACCCUUGCAAGUCCUUCCACAGUUGCACGGGGUUUGAGUACCUGGCCAAUAUGACAGCAAGGGGGGGGGGGGUCCAGUGCGAAACCGGGUUUGACCAAAGCAGCCGCCUUUGCAGCCAGUGUGAACGUGGGUAUUUCGAGUCUCUGCGUAGAUGCAGAAAGUGUGGAAAAGAACGUCGAAAUCUGUUUCCACUUCUUGCGGCUUGUCUGGUCACCACUUGCAUCAUCCUCAACAUGCUAAGCACAGCCUUCAGCUCCAUCGAUAUUGCUCUUACAGAAGCGCAGAUAUUUGUCGUGAUCGGGGCCUUCGACAUCCAUUGGAUUGGAAAUUCUUGGAUUGAUGAGAUUCUUCAGAUCCUCAAUGUGACAAUGUUCAGCCCGGAAAUUAUCGGUCCCGAGUGCCGCCUUGAUUUCGGCUUCGCUAAGAGAUGGAUGGUUUCCAUGGGAAUCCCUGUGGCAGGGGGCAUCUUCUACCUCAUUCUCAUCCUCCUGAAUAAGGCCUACAUUGUCAUUGCCUCCUCUCGGAGUACGGACUCCUACUUCUACAACUUCUUCACCUGGAAGCAGAAGGAAGCGGCCAGCGAACAGUAUUCCAAUUUCUUGAUCGGCUGUGCCACAAAUCUUCUGGACAUCACUUACAUCACGCUCGCCAUUCGCUGUCUCCAGGUAUUCGAUAAGCAAUAUUAUGGCGCGACAGUGCUGGGUCCCGAUCCCACCAUGCUCUGGCGAGGCAGUGUUCACAAGCCCAUCCUUGCCGGGGGUUCCAUUUUGCUGGGCGUGUAUGUGGUCGGCAUUCCCUCUCUGUUCUUGGCGUUGCUUCUCUAUGCUCGCAAACACAGGUCGUUUGAUCGAUCCCCCUUCCGGCAACGGUUUGGAUGGAUUUACGAUCGAUUUACGCGGAAAUUCUGGUGGUGGCGCCUGACAUUCAUAGCAAGGAGGGUCGCAUUUGCUGUGGUCCUCGUGUUCCUUCCUCAUCAUCCUGGAGGGCAAGUGACCAUCACUUUCAUCAUUUUGGCGGGAAGAAUCAUUAUCCAGUACUACACAACCCCUUUUGAGAACGACUUCAUCGAUUAUCUCAACGCUGGACUUCUUCUUGGCCAAAUUUCGUUUGUUAUAGGGGGGGUGUCCAACACAUACUUCAACAGCAGGAUCUUGGCGCAAGUGCUGACGUGUGCUGGACUUCUAGUGCUGCUGCUCUUCACACUCUUCGCCUUUCUUUACGAGGCGUUUAACAAGAUCGUCAAAGCUCUAGUAAUUAGUGCCAUCACCAAGUAUCUGGAAAAUUCUCUCGCUCUGACGGAGUCCUUACAGGACUCAUCAUCGAAGGAGGAUGGGAGCGUUCGCCUGCUUGAUGUAGUGGCAUGGUUCCGGCCACACGUGCUUGCCGUGGCCCUCCUGGGUCGGAAAGGGGGGGAGAUGGUUCAUUUAACAAACCUAAUGGCCUUGCGGAAUCGCUACGAGGCUCACCAGAGGGGUCUGGUUGUGAAACAAGAGGACCUUUUUGCAUGGGCUCGAGUAUGGCCCGGGCGGCAGAAGAAGGCGUUCCUUUAUGCCAUGGUGUCACAGCUGUUGCAAGGAACAUGGGGCACCAGAGAUUUCGACAGGAGUGCUACUGAUCGCCAACGUGAAGAAAGGGAUAGGGAGUUCGCGCGAGGAUCUGGUAGAUUCUCUCAAUCUCAAGACUUCACCGAGAUGGAUGACGUUGGAUGCGCCUCCCCCUUGCUGGACGGCAACAACCGUUCCGCGCUUCAGCAUCCUCAGCAUCACCGUUCUCACCGUUCUAUGCAGGACAUUGUUCCCCAUGAGGACAGGCAAAGCGAAAUUCUUGCCAAGUCGCCAAUAGCCCGACCUGCUGCUCUUCACAGUGGUGUCUCUGGCCCCAGUUCGACAACGGAUAAUACCGAGUUGGAGAGGAAAUUCCGACUUUUCCGUGCGCAGUGGGAACUAGCAAAUUACUAUGGUGAAGAAAUCAAUCGAAGUCAUAAGUCCCUUCGUUUGGUAAUGACAGGCUGGCCAUUACGCCGCGUCCUGAUAUGGCUAUCGACGGGAACGGAAAGGGACAGCAGAGCACUCCUGGGAGUGGUAGAAGCGUUGCGGUCUGCGUGUGAAAGGGACGCCGGAGGCGGCGGAGGCGGAGGAGGAGGAGGAGGAGGAGGAGGAGGAGGAGGAGGAGGAGGAUGGAGGAUGGAGGAUGGAGCAUGGAGGAUGGAGGAUGAAGAUGAAGAUGAAGAUGAGGAUAGGGAUGAGGAUGAGGAUGCGGAUGACAACGACAAUGAUGAUGAUGAUGAUGAUGAUGGCGAUGGUGGUGAUGAUGAUGAUGAGGAGGAGGAGGAGGAAGAGGAUCAUGAUGAUAGGGAUGAGGAUGAGGAUGAUAGCAAGGGGAAAAAAGAAUGCUUAGCCAUUGUGGCUGUUGCACAGUUGCACUAUGUUAUUCUUCUCGGUGCAGUUUUGUGGGAAAAGUGUGAUGGGGCUAUACCAGUUGUCAAUCAAGGAUGCAAGUGGUUCUUCUGCUCUCAUCUUCAACUUUUUUUUUUUGCAUAUACUUCAGUCAGAGGUAUGCAGUGUGAGUGAUUGGUGAUACCAGAUCCUGAUUUUGCUGAUCGGUGAUAUGAGAUCCUCCUGAAUUUGCUGAUAGGACAUAACAGAUCCUGAUUUUGCG